AUGUCGAUGAAGAAGAAAAUGACGAAGCCUUUUCGGACUGUUGUUCACCUGCCGGUGGAGGAGGCGCGUGGGGCCAUCGUCCGUAUGAUUCGGCGUCAUAAUGCGGUGGUCAUCGUGGGUGAAACGGGCUCUGGCAAGACCACUCAGAUACCACAGUACGUUUGGGACGAUUUGGUCUCGAGGGAACCGCCCGAGCAGCAGGGAAUUGUGGGAUGCACACAACCGCGUCGUGUGGCGGCGGUCAGUAUUGCCCGCCAUGUGGCAAAACAGCGCGGGGGAAGCGUGGGCGCCGAGGUGGCGUACGCUGUACGCUUUGAUGACACCUGCAGCCGUCAAACUAAAAUCAAGUACAUGACAGAUGGUAUUCUCCUCCGUGAAAUUCAGACGGAUCCGGAUCUUUCACACUAUCGCUGUUUACUUCUUGACGAGGCCCACGAACGAACACUUCACGGCGACGUUCUUUUUGGCCUUUUAAAGGACAUCGUUCGAAGGAGGAAAAAAACACUGACCAUUGUUGUCAUGUCAGCCACAUUAAACGCAGAGCACUUCUCUAAAUUUUGGUGGAAUGCUCCCAUCGGUGUAGUCCAUGGUCGGUUGUACCCAGUGACGAUUUUUCACACUGUGGAGCCUCAGGCAGAUUACGUUGAGGCUGCCGUAAGCACACUUUUGCAAAUUCACGAAAAGGAAGAACCUGGCGAUGUGUUAUGCUUUUUAACGGGUCAGGAGGAGAUUGAGGAUGCCAAGCGUAUUCUUGAACGACGGAUGAAGGUAAUGCCAAGUACACUUCAAGAGUUCAUGAUACUGACGCUUUAUUCGGCUAUGCCCUAUGAGCAACAGCUACGGGUCUUUGAGCCUCCGUUGCCAGGUAAAAGAAGGAUCAUUCUGUCAACAAACAUUGCAGAGACAUCUAUUACAGUGGAGGGUAUUAGGUAUGUGGUGGAUAGUGGGGUGGUGAAGGCAAAGUUCUUUAGCAGCAAAUCUGGUAUGGAAGUGCUGUCUGAGGUAGAUGUUAGCAAAGCACAAGCGACACAGCGUGCAGGGCGUGCGGGACGUAUGACGGCGGGGAAAUGUUUUCGUCUGUACACCGCACAGGCCUUUGAGUCGUUGGCAGAAAAUACCGUGCCGGAAAUUCAACGGAGCUCACUCAUCAGUGUUGUACUUGAAAUGAAGAGUCUCCGAAUUGACCGCAUCAUGGAUUUUGAAUUUAUGGAUGCCCCAAACCCAAAGGCUGUAGUGAGGGCAGAAGAGACGUUGAUGCUUCUUGGUGCGUUGGAUCGCCAAGGUCACAUAACACGUCUAGGACAACGCUUGAUAGAUUUUCCCAUUGAGCCCAUGGCUGCCAUCGUGUUAUUGGCAGGAAAAGCCCUGGGGGUUGAACGGGACGUUACAAUUGCUAUUUCCAUGACAAUGACAGAGAAUCUUUUUUUUACUUCGCGUGAGGCAAAGGACGGAGCUGACCGAUGCAAGGCUGCCUUUGCCAAGUCAGCAGGCGAUCAUGCUACUUUGCUUGGCAUCUAUUACGCCUACAAACGUGUCCCAAAGGAUCAAAGAAAGAUGUGGUGUGAAUCAAACGCAGUCAAUCCGAGUCAGAUGCUUAAGGCGGAAGAUGUCAUGACGCAACUUGGAGCAAUCCUUAACGAGCAUAGUGAUGAAGAAUUGCUUUCAACAAUGGUGCGGAGAUCGCCAAAUUUGGCGGGCAAUGGUGCCGCACUCCAUCGGAAGCGUCGGCGUGACAGUGAAAAGGAUGCAUCAGGGGAUGAUGAAACAUCGGAGUUACUGAAGGGACAAACAUCGGGUAUGGUGAAGUUGCGCGAUUUUGAACUUAUUCGACGGGCGCUGUGCUACGGGUUUUCUCUUAAUGCUGCCUUCUACAAUGCGAAGAUUGGCAACUACCAGACGGUGGUGGGGCAACAAGUGGUGCAUCUUCACCCGUCGUCUGUUCUGUUUUAUCAGCGCAAAAAGCCGGCGUUGGUAGUUUUUAACAGUGUGGUGCGCACGACGAGGCGGUACAUGAAGGAUGUGUCUGUGGUGCAGGAGGAGUGGCUCCGCGACGCGGCAUCCUUUUUGAGGCCUGUGGCAUGA